UCCGCUCUUGUCCCGUUUAUAGAUCUGCGCUUCUCCUCAGCCAGAGCCCGGAGCUGCAGAGCCAGAAAUGCAGGUUGUCCCGUCCUCUGCAUCACAUGCUACGAAAAAUAAUUCAUGAAGAGAGCUUCGAAAAGGACACUGUUAAAUGCUGGUGUUAAAUUUACAUACGUCCUAAGGGGUUAAGUGGAGUGAUAGACCGGUAUUGGAUAAAACUAAUGUUGAGUCACCCUUGUCCUAUUUGGCUGCUGUUUACUCGUCCAAAGUUCAUCAAUGAAGGCUGAAUGAAACUAACUUAAUUGGUUUAUGUGCGAUGACAUCCCAUCUACAAAACAGUCCUCCACUGUCUCAACAAUGAACUGUGGAAAGUCCCGAGCACUGAGUGAACCAUGGCAAGGUUCAAGCGAAAAUCUUGCGUUGCAUUGUUUGCAUUGGUGUUGUUUGUGCUCGUUGUAACAGUGGUGUUGAAGUUCCUCACCCCAGAGGACUCUCCCUUAAGCAGUCCUUUGGGCGGUGAGCUGUUUGCUGAUAGAAAGAAUGACAAUCAGAUCCAGAAAGACAACAAGGCUGACGGUAAACCUAAGCAGACCAAAAUGAGCAACUCACCUCAGCCUGAAAAUCGAGCAGAACUGGAAGCUACACUGAGGAAAUUUCCCCCUCCCAACUACUAUCUCCAUGCCUUCUACUAUCCAUGGUAUGGAAACCCCAAGUUUGAUGGCAAGUACAUCCACUGGGACCACCCACAGCUACCACACUGGGACUAUAAGGUGGCUCAAGGGUAUCCACAGGGGAGACACAGCCCACCUGAUGACAUCGGCUCCAACUUCUACCCAGCUUUAGGGCCUUACAGUUCCAGGGACCCAGCAGUUAUGGAGGCUCAUAUGCAACAGCUGCGCACAGCAGCUAUCGGCGUCCUUGUUGUCUCCUGGUAUCCUCCUAAUACAAAGGACGACAAUGGCGAACCAGUCGAUAACAUUGUGCCUUUACUGUUGGAAGUGGCUCAUAAAUACCACAUUAAGGUGGCUUUUCACAUUGAGCCGUACAAAGGAAGAGAUGAAGUCAAUAUGUUCACAAAUGUCAAAUACAUCAUUGAAAAAUACGGAGAGCACCCCGCUUUCUUCAAGUACAGGACAAACACUGGUAAACUUCUUCCACUCUUUUAUGUGUAUGACUCAUAUCUGAUGAACUCAGACCAGUGGGCUAAACUACUGAAACACACGGAGAGCAACAGCAUCAGGGAUACCCCGUACGAUGCCAUCUUCAUUGCUCUGCUGGUGGAGGAGAAACAUAAGAGGGAUAUCCUGACUGCAGGGUUCGAUGGCUUCUAUACCUAUUUUGCCACUAAUGGAUUUUCCUAUGGAUCUACUCAGAAAAACUGGGAUUCUAUUAAAGCUUUCUGCGAAGAUAACAACCUAAUAUUCAUUCCAAGUGUGGGCCCUGGGUAUAUCGACACAAGCAUUCGGCCCUGGAACUUCCAAAACACUCGAAAUCGCAUUAAUGGAAAAUACUAUGAGACUUCGCUAAGUGCAGCAUUAGAAGCUCGGCCUGAUUUUAUCUCGAUAACGUCUUUUAACGAAUGGCACGAGGGGACACAGAUUGAAAUGGCUGUUCCUAAAACAAGCCAGACUGUGUAUCUGGACUACUUGCCCAAUAAACCCUCAAUCUACCUGGAGAUAACUCGCAAAUGGGCUGCGAUAUUUGGCAGCGAGCGGAGAAGACGGCAGGAAUGAUCUGAUGUAGAGCCACAGCAAAUGUAUGAGGUCCCUCGACUUCCAAAAGGUGAUACUUUAUCAUGUGUACACAAGUACUCGUGUUGUGCAAACAUUAUAAUCGUAUUAUGCACACUGGAUAAGUUGUUUGCACAAGACUGUAAAAUAAACUUCUGGGACUUAAGGUGCUACCAGUGUUUAUUUUUCAUCACUGUAUAAAAUGAUCAGACAAAGACUAAUUGAAGUAGUUACAGAAUGCACAUGAAAAUGCAAAUGAAAGAAUUUUAUGAGCAAAACCAAAUGAUUUGGGAAGCCACAGGCAAGUGAAGAGACUUCAUUGACUUAAUUUAGCUGCAAUGAUGUAUGUUAUUUUUCACACUUGGUUGAGUUGUUGUUAAUUUAACUGAUGUCUUAUGAUUUCUUGUUUACACAGCCUUGCACAUUUCAGGACUCCAGACAUAAUCAGCAUGUUUUAUCACUGUUCUGUAUACUCGAGCUAAGACUGUGCAUUGGCAUGUUUUGCUUUCCUGUAAUCUGUGACUAUAUUGAACCUUCAUGGAAGUAAAUAAAGUGCAAAAGGAGAGAUACUAGUGUAGAAAACAGUCUUGUGCCUUUGUGUUACUAGACAAGGGAAAAUCACAGCAUACAUCUUUAUGUUUGCAAAGCAUGUCAGCCCCAAGUCUUGAGAUGAGUCAUAACAGCAGAAGGAUCAGAGAACAGCAGUUCAGUUAUUAAACCAGGUACACAGUGGAGAGUAGGGUAGAUCAACAUGUACAUUUGAAGUAGAAGCCUUUUUGUUAGUGAUCUGGUUUCACGCUGUGUACGUGAUGCAUGUUGUAAUGGUUUAUUAAAGUUAGAAAUUGACUGUACCACUAUUAUAUUAUUCAUAAUAUCUUGAAGUCUUCAAUAUGUAACAUUUAUACAUGCUUUUGUGUUUACAUGGAGACUGUGCUGAGGUCAGUGUUGUCCUGGGAGCUGAUUGUUUGUUGCCAUUAAUUGACUCCUUUCCUUAGCAACCAAGACAGCAAUUAUCUUAGAGAUGGAGGUUGGUCAUUUAAACCGCAGAAGCCUCUGAAUAGAUUUUAGAUCCAUCUUCAUCAAUUAAUUUUCAUAUUGAAGAGAAGUAAUGCCUAUUAUAUGGUGGUGGUACAACUAUUGUGGUGUUGAGAUUGCACUGGGAUGUCAGAAACAUGCAUAAUACUGUAUAUAAAUAUGAAGAUUACAGAAAUUUAGAAAUGAUAAAAAUACAGUAACUACUCAAUAAAAUUACAAUACCCUCA